GAUAAGAACGGCACCCGACCUCGUUCGAUCAGAAAAUGCAUCAUACGGGGAGUGAAUUAGCUCGCCCCUGGUGAGCCGCUUGACAGUUCAGCAUUGUACAGCUGUGUACCUACACACCAUCGAACAACUAUGGCCCAGCUUCCCGUGUACAAUCCGCCCUCCCCGUUCCUGGGAAUGUUGCCCGUCGGAUUGGGUUUGUACCGGAAAAUAACCAUUCGCGGACGGAUUACACACGAUAUGUUCAAUAUAAAUCUACAGUGUGGCCCGAACGUGGAUCCACGGGACGAUGCGGCCCUACACAUCAGUAUUCGACCGAAGGAGGGUCUAAUUGUGCGCAACACGUUUCAAUUCCGAAGCUGGGGCGUCGAGGAGCGUUUCGGCGGAUGCCCGGUGCAGAAGCGGUCCUACUUCGACAUCAGCAUUACAGUCAAACCGGAUAGCUACGGUAUUGCCGUGAAUGGGUGCCACUUUUGUGACUUCAAUCACCGGUUGCCGUACGCGUCGGUACGGUUCAUACAUAUUGGAGUUGGGGCUCAGGUCGACGCCAUCAUAACGGAAUAGUAACCUGGUAAUGUCGAAAAUGAAGUCAGGGUAACAGGGAGACCAGUAUCUCUCCAGUGGCUAAGAGUCCUUUAAGUUUGAUAAUGUAAGAUAGGUGUGAAAUAAAUAUAUAUUUUUUUAAUUUUAUUAUAUAAGAAAACUUUUGGAUCUAUUUUAUACGAUUUAAUGUUUUUCAU